AUGGACGAAAACUUGUCUCGUGGCUUGACUGGGUACCAACAGCUGAAAGAUCAGCAACAGGAGCGGCAUAAAGGCCGUUCCAAGCCUCAUUUGAGCAGUGAACGAGAGGUGCUAGCGGCGCCCCAGGACACCUGCAGUUGUAUUUACCUAUCGCUUCUAUUGGCAGGCGCAGGGUUUUUGCUGCCAUACAACAGUUUUGUCACGGCGGUGGAUUACUACCAAGAACGCUUCCCUAUGUCAACUAUCAUAUUUGACAUGAGUUUGACUUACAUCUUGGUGGCGUUCGUCAGUGUGUUACUUAUCAAUAUUUUGGUGGAGACGCUGAGCCUGCAGGUCCGGAUUACGUUUGGUUACAUCUUAGCGUUCUUCACGCUUCUUACUGUGACAUUGUGCGAUAUCUGGUAUAACCUUUUUCCGGACGAUGUCGCCUACAGACUCACUCUCCUCGCUGUGGCCGUUGUCGCCUUCGGAAGCACGGCUCAACAGUCUAGUUUCUAUGGUUACACAAGCAUGCUGCCAGCUCGGUACACACAAGCUGUCAUGACAGGAGAAAGUGCUGCUGGGUUGAUUAUUUCCAUCAACAGAAUCCUGACAAAGGCUAUGCUGACCAACAAGAAAAUUAACACCAUGAUAUUUUUCUGCUUAUCCAUGGGGAUGCUUUUGGUGUGUUUCAUUGUCUUUCACCUGUCAAGGAAGAGCAAGUUUGUCCAGUUCUACAUCCGGCAAUGUCAGAUGACGCUAAUGGUAGAGGACCAGCGACCAAUCACCAGCGGCGGAAUGUGUCCGGAAGAAGUGGAUAUAGUUGAUACGUCGACCGGACGGGGUCGAUAUGGUGUUCUGGCUAUCCAGUCACCUACGUCCUCGGCUCCAGUGCUCCGUGAGGCCCCCGCGGCCCCCUCCCCGGCCCCCUCAGCUGCUGACCUCACCCAACCAACUGUGGGCUUCCACGGUCGGGGGGUAACAUCUUACACAGGCAUAUGCUUUGCCAUUAAAAAUGGGUUGUAUUUGAGAUACUUGGCGGCCAAGUCAGUGUGGCCCUACAUGGUGUCUAUAGGUCUGGCCUAUUUCGUCACUCUCUGUCUCUUCCCUGGAAUCGAGUCGGAAGUGAUCAGUUGUUCCUUACAUAGCUGGAUGCCGGUCAUUCUUAUGGCUAUUUUUAACCUCUGUGACUUUAUAGGCAAGAUAAUAGCGUCUAUACGUUACGACUGGCCCACCGGUCGCCUGGUAUUCUUUACCUUUUGUCGUCUGCUAAUUGUCCCCUUAAUGAUGAUCUGUGCCACUCCCAGAGAGGACCCCAUUCUCAAAGAGGAAGGCUGGAGUAUGAUGUUAUCCGGCAUCUUGGGCAUUACCAAUGGUUACUUUGGAAGUGUUCCGAUGAUACUGGCCCCGGCAAAGGUACCAGAGGGACAGAAAGAGUUGACAGGUAACAUUAUGAUGCUGUCCUAUAGCAUAGGCCUGACCACGGGGUCGGCGGUGGCUUAUUUACUAGACGCCUGGCUCGGGGCACCACUGACUGUGAGCCCAUGUGCACCUCUGAACAUCACACAGGCGGGCAAUUUGACAUUGAUAGGUCUGUAAUUGAAAAGAGAAUUGAUGCCAUGAGCGGAUCUGUGGUGGACUACAUCACAUUUACCAGAUGGUUCCGAUGGCAUACUGGCAGUGGCGUUAGCUUUCCACCGGAGAAAACGCAAUUCCUUUUUGCUUUUUUCUUUGGAAGUAAACCACGGAGGCGAUUUCGUGUACCGGGACAUGUGGUCUUUGCAGAAUACCUGUAAGACAAAAUCUUCUGAUUCCAUUUAACACCGAUAAAGGUUUUCAGGGGAAGAUAAAGUUUUCCGGAAUUUUGCCUGCCAAAAUAAAACAAAAAAAAAUAGGAAAUUGCCUCCCAACAACAUCAGCACCGGUUUGUUUGUUAAACCUGUCAAAAUCAUAAUGUUAAAAGUCACUGGAAAACACGCCAAUGUUGAACGUGACAUCAUUUCAAGACUCUCUUCUUAAUGGGCUUUCUUCACAAGAUGAACACAGAAGAAGAAAGCACCCCAGUAAAAUAAUCCAAAGCGUGAUUGGAUAAACUUCGCGAUAAACACUGUAGACGUACCUGGGGGAUAUAAAUUUGGAUUCGUGUUGAUAGCAACAUAUUAUCUAUUUGGUUCCAGUGUCACCGGAUAUUUGCAAAACCUUUGGUUUGACGGAUUAAAUAAACAAUGCCAAAAAUAUGAUGAAUUUCACAGUUUUACUUAAGUACAUAUUGUAAUAGCACACCUAACAUAAAUUAUGUUGAAGUGUUAAAAAGCAAAGACUUUUCAAAUGUAAUUUCCAGGUUUUACAUUGUACGCAAAACCGUACGAGUUACCUCCCUCAACCAGCAGACGAGCCUGUGGAAUAGGUCGGCAGCCAUUGCCAUUCACCAUCAAGUUCAUAUGUUUCGUGAAACCAUUGCUCGCAACAUUUUGACCUUGUUUUUUUAAUAUUCCGUACAGUGUUGGAAAGUCGGGCAGUAGUGACAAAAUUCAUAAAAUGCAUCUAAUCGAUGCUUACAUCACUGGAAGUUGUUACUGGGGACUGUGCAUGAAUAUCACGGACAUUGCGUGGAAUCAAGUACGUGUCAAUAGUAUCCUUUGUUGACUUGUUCUUUGAGUAUACCCAUUUAUGUUUUUUUGCAAUGCGCACGCAUUUCGUGAUGUGGCAAAGAUGCUUUGGGCAAAGUAUCCUGGUAUCAAUUUUUAAGACAUAGUGGUACAUAAAAUGUAAAUACUUGGGAUUAAUAGCUUACAUUCACAUAGACCUCAGUGGGGAUUUGUACAAGCAGACACUCCAGCAAUUUUUGAUCAUGACGUCACGUAUGGAAUUCUAGAAUCUAACAUAAAUAUUUUUCUCAAUCAAUGGUUACAUAAGAAAUAUAUACAAAUUCCCCGCAAUAUUGAAAUACAUUCAAGAACGUAUAGAGCGGUAAAAGGAACAAAAGAAAUAAGCAAAAAAUUAAUUACAACGGUGGAAAAAGUGUGUUACAGUGUUUCCAUGGCGUUUCGUAAAAUAAAUUUAUUUAUUUUUAUUCUUAAACGGUGUAAGAAAUGUAACGAAACGAAAUUAAAUGGAGCCAAGAUAUUUGUUUCACUUACUGAUAAUUUGUUUUUGAUAUUCUCCCGAUAUAUUCUGCUGGAAACACGAGUGUACUAUUUAACAUACGUUAGCUUCUGUCGAUGUAAAAUAAACUUCCUGAUGCACUGUAAUUUCUAUCUCAUUUGGUCAACACAUUGCCAAAAGCUUAUUCAUAAAUACCGCGUGCUCUGCAUAUUUGAAAGGCCUCCAGUUAUAGUUUAACCUGCGAAUGGUUCUACUAAACCGCCAUCACAUCUGAUGUACACGUUAAGAACUCUAUCCCAGUUGACAGUUGCUACGCAACAACGUUUCCUAUGUAACUGCCUUCUGAUGUACAUAUCG